AUGGCCAGGUUGCUUCUGAAGAAGAUCUGCCUGCUGCUGUUGCUAGUGGUGGUGCUGCUUCUGGUGGUAGUGGUGCUGCUGGUGCUGCUGGUGGUGGUGGUCCUGCUGGUGGUGCUGCUGGUGGUGGUGCUGGUGGUGGUGGUGGUGGCGAUCAACAGCGGCACCCUCUCAGGUCCAACGUCUGUAGCCAAGGGCAUGGCCAAGCUGGUCUCGAUCGCCCUGUUCGCUCUACUCACUGCGGCGAGCGACAUUCCAGGAGAAGAUGACGAGCGGCCCGGGCGGUGCAGCCUGUUCGGCCCCGGCUGGGUCCACACGUUCGACGGCAGUGUGUACGACUUCUCAGGGGUGUGCAGCUACCAGCUGGCGGGAGACUGCGCGGGAAACUCCUUCUCCUUGCUGGUAAACUACGAGGAUGGAGAGGUGCGUGGAAUGUCGCUUUACGUUCCAGCCCAGGCCCUGGAGCUGCAACUCUUCACCAACGGCACCUGCAUCCUGGACGGACACGCGUCUCCCGUGCCUGUGGCCGCCUCGGGGGUGUUCGUGGAGAGGCGAGGCCGCAGCCUGUGGCUUCACAGCGACGCCCUGGGCAUGAGCGCGCACCUGGAGACGGGCACCGUGGUCACGUCCGUCGAGGGGAUGGAGGAAGAGGAGGUGAUGGAGGAGAAGGAUGCAAGGGGCCCGGGGAGGACGACGCUGUCGCUGCUCCUGGCGCCGCGCCUCGCCAAUGUCACCUGCGGCCUGUGCGGGGACGGCAAUGGCCGGGCCUACGAUGACCUCCGCACACAGGAAGGGUUCGUCUCUGAGGAUCCGUACGAGUUCGCCCAGAGCUGGGCGCGGGACUCCCUGCAGGGAGGCUGCGUGCGGGCACUGCCACCCAGCCGGGAGUGCACGGCCGCAGACGCGACGACGGUGACCUCCCUCUGCUCGCGGCUGCGCCCGCCGGCGGCUCCGGCGCUCUGCGCUCCGUGGCUCGACCCGGAGCCGUUUGCCACGGCGUGCGAGCGCGACGCGUGCGAGUGCGGCCCCUCGCCGGGGGGCUCCGCUCCCCCCCCUCCCGGCCGCCGCCGCCACGGCGGGGAGGGGGAGGGGGCGCCCCCCGCCGACGGGGCCCGCUGCGGGUGCGCGGCGCUGCUGGAGUACGCUCGGGCGUGCGGGCACCGUGGGGUGCCGGUGGGGCGCUGGGUGGUGGACGCCGGCUGCGCCCCCGCGUGCCCGCCCGGGAUGGAGUACCGGGCGUGCGCCCCCCCAUGCCCCCGCUCCUGUCAGAGCGUGCACGCGUUGGACGCGGCGUGCGACGAGGGGCCGUGCCAGGAUGGGUGCACGUGCCCAGCUGGCCUGUUGCUGGACGGCGGCCGCUGCGUCCGUGAGUCGGAGUGCUUCUGCUUCCACAACGGGCGACGCUUUCCCCCGGAGUUCUUGAUCGAGCAGGGCUGCAACUCCUGCAUCUGCAAGGGCGGCACAUGGAUUUGCACGAACCUCACGUGUGAAGGCGAGUGUCUGGUGACGGGCCACGCGCACUUCAGAUCGUUCGACGGCCGCUUCUUCUCGUCCCGCUCGGCGUGCGAGCACGUGCUGGCCAGAGACUGCACAGAGCAGCAGCAGCAGCAGCGCGCGUUCUCCAUCUCCAGCGAGAGCGUGCGGUGCGGGGACGACCCGUCCGCCGUGUGUAUGGAGGCGCUGAGUGUGUCCCUCCCCGACUUGGAUAACGCCACGCUGCGUCUCUCCCACGGCGGUCUCGUGUCCCUGGGCGACGUGGACAUUCGCCUGCCCUACCGCCACGGUCGGGUCACGGUGUUCAACUCGUUCCCCACGGGCGUGAGGCUGGCCUACGGCGACACGUUUCGCCUCGACUGGGAUGGACACGGUUCCGUGAGGCUCAAGCUGAGCGCGCAGUUCGCGGGCCGCGUGUGCGGCCUCUGCGGAAACUUUGACGGCAACGCCGGCGACGACUUCCGCAGCCCAGCGGGCCUCGUGGAGGUGCGGCCCAGCGACUUUGCCGACUCCUGGCGCCUCGGCGCGGCCUGCGAGGCCUCCCCUGGCACCGCCGCCUCAGAGACCCCAGCGGGGGCAGCAGCAGAUCCCUGCACCCUCAACGCCAAGCGGGCCCGCGACGCCGACGAGUCGUGCUCGCUGCUGCUGUCCUCCGUGUUCGCCCCGUGCCACGCGCGCGUGCCGCCGGCCGCGUACGUGCGCGCGUGCACGCGCGACGCCUGCUCGUGCCCGCCCGGCGGCGCCUGCCUCUGCGACGCCAUCGCCGCGUACGCGCGCGCCUGCGACUCCCAGGGGGCCACCGUGGCCUGGCGCAGCGAGCGGCUGUGCCCGCCUCGCUGCCCAGAGGGUCGCGAGUACUCUCGCUGCGCCUCUCCCUGCAACCGCACGUGCCUCUCGCUGUCCGCGGGCGACCCGCUGUGCCAGCCCGACGAGUGCCUCGAGGGCUGCUUCUGCCCCCAGGGCACCUUCGCCUCGGAGGGCCGCGGCGGGGCCUGCGUGGCCGCCGCGGCCUGUCCGUGCCGCCACGCCGGGGAGGUGUUCGAGCCGGGCGAGGUGGUCGCGCGCCACAUGUCCCUGUGCUACUGCGAGGCCGGGGUGAUGCGCUGCUCGGAGACUCACGGCGCGACGCCCGCCCUCGCCACCCUGCGGGACCCCGCCGCCGUGGAGCGAGUGCGGAGGAGUGCCCCGUGCCGCCCGCCCAUGGUGCGUGUGCCGUGCCGUGCCGGUGACCGCUCUGCCGUGGGCGUCGAGUGCGCUCGCUCGUGCCGCAGCCUCGACUCCGCCGAAUGCCGCAGCAGCGGCUGCGUCUCCGGAUGCGCGUGCCCCCAGGGCAGGGUGCUGCAUGGCUCCAAGUGCGUGCUGCCUGAGCAGUGCCCGUGCCUGCACCACGGCAAGGAGUUCGCCCCUGGCAGGACCGUGCAGGUCGCCUGCAACACCUGCCUGUGCCGAGGGCGCAGGUGGCACUGCACGGGCCACGUGUGCCCCGCCUCGUGCGGCACCGUGGGCACCGCUCACUACGCCACCUUCGACGGGACGAGGUUCACCUUCGGGGGCGCCUGCAAGUACGUGUUGGCGCAGGACUUCUGCGGUGAUCGCGGUGACGACGAUCGCGGCGACGGCGGCGGCGGCGACGGAGGCGGCUCGUUCCGCGUGCUGGUGGAGAACGCCGGCUGUGCCACGCGACCGGGACGGCGCUGCUCCAAGCGUGUGUCGGUGUUUUACCGCGGAACUCUCGUCGAGAUGAUGGACGGCGCGGCCCACGUGAGGAAGAAGGCGCCGGAGGGUGCGGAUCUGAGCGUGCGGCGCGCCGGUGCCUACCUGCUGCUCCUCACCGAGCGGGGCUUCUCCGUGCUGUGGGACCGCGCGAUGCGCGUCGUCGUCACCAUCGACGGCCGCUACCAGGGCAAAGUCUGCGGCCUGUGCGGCAACUUCGACGGGAGCCAGAACGACGACCUGGUGAGCAGCGGCAACGCCGCCGAGGGCAGCGCCGCCGACUUCGGCGACUCCUGGCGCACGGACCCCACGUGCGCCACCGCGCCGCCGCUGGUCCCCGCCUGCAAAGGAGACUUCCGCAAGCGCUCGCAGGCGGAGGCCGCGUGCUCCGUGAUGCUCAGCGCCGCCUUCCAAGAGUGCAACAAGCGGGUGUCGGUGCAGGAGCACCUGGAGUGGUGCGUGAACGAGGCGUGUGCGUGCGAGGCUCCGGGCGACUGCGCGUGCCUCUGCGACAGCGUCGCAGCGUACGCACACGCGUGUGCACAGGCCGGGGCGCACGUGCGCUGGCGCUCGUCCGACUUCUGCCCCGUGUCGUGCGACGAGGACUCCAAGCCGCACGGCGGCGACGACGGCGGCAACGACGAUGGCGGCGGCGCGUGCGAGUGGCACUUCGACGCGUGCGGGCCCGCGUGCCCCGUGUCCUGCCAGUCGCCGCCCGUCAGGGACUGCCCCUUCAGCUGCCUCGAGGGGUGCCACCGGCGGUGCCCCAACGGCUCACUGUGGGACGAGAGCACGGAGAGUUGUGUGCACAGCGAGCGGUGCCCCGCGUGUCUGCACGAGGGCCGCAGGAUCCCGGAGGGGCAGGUGACCGUGCUGAACCCUGAGCAGCACAACUGCGCCAUCUGCCUGUGCACCCGCCUCAAGCUGCAGUGCCACCCGUGCGGGGCGACUCGUCCGCACGUGCCCACAGCCGCCGUCGCCGCCGCCUCCCCCACCGCCGUCGCCGAGCUCCGACCGCCGCCGCCGCCGCCGCCGACGGCGCCCGCGUCCGCGGCGCCGCCCGGCGGCCCGCCGGCCGUGCCGCCCGAGGGCUGCGAGAAGGUGAUGGAGGUGGCCUUCCUGUUGGACGGCUCGACGGCGUUGGACCGCGCCGAGUUCGAGGCGGCGAAGUCUUUCGUGGUGCGCUCCAUGGAGCGCCUGCAGAUCGGCCAGACGCGCGUCCGCGUCGCUCUCGUCCUCUUCCACUCGGGCCCGCUCAACGUCUUCGGCAUCUCCGUCAAGGAGUCCGCGGCCCGCCUCAAGGAGAUCGCCGCGGCCGUCCCCUACCCGGACGUGGACGAGGCCCGCGCGGGCGAGGCCCUCAAGUACGCCUCCGUCUACGUGCUGGGCUCGGCCAAGGCCCGCAAGGGGGUGCCCAAGGCCGCCGUGCUGAUCACGGCUGGCCGCCCCGCCGCCGGCGACGACGUCGCCCGCGGCGUGGCCUACGCGGCCCGCAAGGGCGUGCGCGUCAUGGCGCUGGCCGUCGGCGACGGGCCCUCGGAGGCGGCGCUGCGAGCGGUGACGGCCCGGUCGCCCGACAACCGCGCGGCGCGCGUGCCGGACGUCGCCGCGCUCCUGCGCCGCCGGGAGGAGUUUGUGCGCGAGCUGUGCUUCAUGGGCGACGUGCCACCCGACGUGAUCGCGGCCGCGCGGGCGACCGCCGGGACGCGGCCGGCGGCGGCGGCGGCGACGACCGCGAUCGGCGGCGUCCCGGCCGCGACGGCCGCGACGGCCGCGACGACCGCGGGACCGUCGUCGUCGUCGCCGCCGCCGCCGCCGCCGCCGCCGUCGUACCAACGCAUGGACCUGGUGUUCGUGGUGGAGGGCUCGGACGCGGUCGGAGAGCGGAACUUCGAGAAGGUGAAGGAGUUCAUCGUGGAGGCGGUGACCGCCGCGGACGCCAACGCGAGCCGCGUGGCCGUGGUGCAGUACGCCGACGUGCCCGUCACCGAGCUCGUGCUCGACGCGCGGCGCUCGCGCGGCGCCGUGGAGGACGCGGUGCGCGCCAUCGGCUUCCGCGGCGGGAACGCCACCAACACGGGCGGCGCCGUCCUGAGCGCCCUGCACGACGUGCUGCGCCUGCCGUCCCCGGGGCAAGGCGGCGAGGAGGAGGAGGAGGAGACGAAGACGAAGACGACCGACGAGGAGGAGGAGGAGGCGCCACCUCGCGUGCUCUUCCUCAUCACCGCGGCGCCCUCCUCCGACACCAUCACGCUGCCGGCGGCGCUGAGCAAGCGGCAGGGCGUGGACGUCAUCCCCAUCGGCGUGGGCGACCGCGUGGACGUGGGCCAGCUGGAGGAGCUGGGCACCUACCCGGAGCCGCUGCUCACAACCUUCGAGUCGCUGGACCGGCAGUUCGCGCGCCAGGUCCUCGACGGCUGCUGCCUCUACACCCCGCCGCCCGACGUGGGGCUGCCCACGCUGCCCCCGCUGCCCACGCUGCCCCCGCCGACGACGACGCCGCUGGCGCCCGCGGCGACGACGCCGCUGGCGCCCGCGGUGGGAGGAGUGCCGUGCGAGGAGCCCAUGGAGGUGGUGUUUGUGAUCGGAGGAGGCGAGGGCAAGGAGGAGUUCGAGGCAGCCAAGGAGUUUGUCAAGGCCCUGAGCGAGCGCAUCCUGCAGGGCAGCAACGGGAGCCGCGUGGCGCUGCUCCAGGCCGGGGACUUCCCACGCCUGGAGCUGCCGCUCAGCACCGCCGCCCUGGGAGAGGCUCUCCGCUCCGUCACACAGAGGCCCGCACGCGGCGGCCCCAGGCUCGGCGCGGCGCUCUCCGCCGUUCUGCAGGAGGCGCUCUCCGUGACCGCCGGCUCUCGCCCCACGGCGGUCGCUCGCGCCGUGCUGCUGGUGGUCGGGGCCUCCGCCUCCUCUACCGCCUCCUCUGCCACCUCCUCCACCGCCUCCUCUACCGCCUCAUCUCCCACCUCCAGCUACGAGGGCCACGACAACGUGACCCUGGCGGCACGGGAGGCGGCGCUGUCCGGCGUGUCGGUGCUGGCGGUGGCGGUGGGGGCCGGUGCACCCCGGCACAAUCUGGCCGUGUUGGCCGGUGCCGCUGGUCGCGUCUUCUCCGUGCCGAGCUUCGCUCAGCUGCCCCUCGCCGCCGCACUCAGCCCCGAGCUGCUCACCACGCUCUGCACCGUGAGGCCUCCGCAGGUGUGCGUGGAUGAAGAUGGCAUUGAGAGGAAGGCGGGCGAGCGCUGGGAGGUUCGGGGCGGCUGCCACGGCGCGGUGUGCCGGGCCGGCGGCAGCGUGGAGCUGCUGGGCCGCGCCACGAGCUGCGAGCGGACGCCGGCUCCCUCGUGUCCCGGUGCCGUGGUGGCGCGGCGCGUGCAGGGGCCGUGCGGGUGCCGCUGGGAGUGCCCCUGCGUGUGUACGGUGGGGGGAGACGGAGCGCUGCUCACGUUUGACGGGCGCCGCCUGCACUCCCACGUGCACUGCUCCUACGCGCUGCUGGGGCUGGGCGAGGAGCCCGAGCUGGCCGUGUCGGUGGCGGCCGGCGCCCGCGGCCGCACCGUGAGGCUCUCGGUGCGGGGACACGAAGUGGAGCUACACUCCGACUUGAGCGUGAGUGUGGACGGGCGUGCGAGCGAGUCCCCGCUACAAGUCGCGGGCCUGCUGGAGGUUCAGUCGCGCGCCCCGCUGCAGCUGGAGGCCCGGCUGCCGGCCCUGGGCCUGCGGCUCCUCACCUUCAACCCCGGCACGCAGGAGGUCACCGUGGAGGCCGACCCGCCGCCGCCGCGUGCCGGCGGGGCGCGCUCCACGGCCCGCGGCCUCUGCGGAGCGUGCGACCACGACGCCUCCAACGACCUCCUGCUGCUCGACCCCUCCAGCACCUCGGCCGCCGCCUUCGAGCGCGGCUGGCGCCACGGCCCCUGCCUCAACGCGACGACGAGCGAGGAGGAGGAGGAGGCGGCGGUGGAGGAGGAGGAGGCGGAGGAGGUGGCGGUGGGGCGGCCUUGCGAGUUCCCGCAGGAGGCCGCCGCCUGCACGUUGAUCUCGGACCCCCGCGGGCCCUUCGCCCCCUGCCACGCGACGGUGCCCCCCGGGCCCCACGCGCUGGCGUGCCGCCGGGAGGCGUGCGGGGGGGGGCGCGGCCCCCCGCCCGGCACGCCGGAGGAGGGGGGGCCGGGGGGGGGGCCCCACCGGCGCUGUCGGGCCAUGGCGGCCUACGCGGACGCGUGCCGGGCGCGUGCCAGGCUCUGCCUGCGCUGGAGGUCGCCAGAUCUGUGCCCACUGGACUGCCCUGAGGGCAUGGUCUACGAGGCUUGCCAGUCGGGCUGCGAGCCGACCUGCGACCCCGACUCCAACGACAACAACAAUGGCAACAUCAACAACAACAAUGGCAACAUCAACAACAACAAUGGCAACAUCAACAACAACAACAACAAUGCUUCCUCCUCGUGCGAGGGGGCCCCCAGGGAGGGGUGCUUCUGCCCCGAGGGCUUCCGGAACCGCGGGGGUCUCUGCGUCUACCCCGGUGAUUGCGACACCUGCAAGGAUCACAAGGGGCUGCGUCACCAGCGUGGUGAAGUAUGGCUGGACCCUGAGAACCCGUGCAGCCUGUGUACGUGUGCGCAGCACGGCCGUGUGCAGUGCAGCGUGCGGCAGUGCCCCACUCCUACCGCCCCGCCAAGCUGCCCCCCGUGUGAGGUCCCCCGGGAGAGACUCAGUUCGGACAAAUGUUGCCCAGAGAUCGAGUGCGUGUGCGAGGAGGCGUCGUGUGAGCGUGUGGCCGUGCCGCGCUGUGGCCCGGGACUCCUGGCCGAGCGGCUCAACCACAGCGCGUGCCAGCCGGCCUACCACUGUGUGUGCCACCCAGAGGCGUGCCCUCUGCCCCCCCAGUGCCCCCCACGCCGCUUCCUCUCCGUCUCCGAGGGUCCGUGCUGCCGCGACUUCUCCUGCGACUGCCGGCCCUGCUCGGGGGUGGGGGGCGGCGGUGGGGGGGGCACCGCCCCCCCGGUCCCCUCCCCCGCCGCCCCCCCUCCACCGCCGUGCCCGCCGGGGACGCGAGCACGCACGGCCGUGGACGAGUGCGGCUGCGAGGAGACCGAGUGUCACCCGCACGGCGAGGUGUGUGUGGACUCCGGGGUGGAGCGUGCACUGGGAGAGCGGUGGAGCAGGAACUGCAGCGACUGCUCCUGCCGGGCCGAGGGGGCGACGAGGGGGCCGGCGGCCGUGCGGUGCGUGCCGCGGAGCUGCGAGAGGAGAUGCCCGCCGGGCCACGUGUUUGUCCCGGCUCCUGACGGCUGCUGCGGUGCCUGUGAGCUCACGAGCUGCGUGGUGCAGAGCGGCACGAGCAGGGGAGAUGAAGUGGCCACGACCAGCGUCUACCGCCUGGGAGAGGAGUGGCCCGUACCAGGAGCCCCCUGCUCUCGCUACAGGUGCGAGCGUGACCCGCUGGCGGUGGGGGGCGGCCCGGCCCCCCGCAGGGUCAACGUCACGUGCGGGCCCCCCACGGUGCCCGACUCGUGCCCCCCAGGGACCCGGCUCGACUGCGCUCAGCUGAGGCGGUGCUGCCCCGCCUGCCAGUGUGUGGCCGCGGACUUCUGUGUCCACAACGGCACGACGAUGGUCAAGGUCGGAGAGUCUCUACUGCUGGAUGAGUGUCAGCGCUGCUCGUGCGAGAAGACGCGCGAUGACUUGGGGCCAGGCUUCACCCUCACCUGCAGACGAACCAGGUGUCCCGUGUGUCCACAGGGCUACGAGGCGGUGAAGCCGGCUGGCUCUUGUUGUGGCACGUGCACCCCUACGGCGUGCCUCAUCCGCCUCAACAACGGCUCCAGCACCUGGCUGAAGGUGAACGGCUCCCUCACGGUGGGCUGCGAGACUUUCCAGUGCCGACUCGUGGAGGGCGGCUCCCUGGGGUGGCAGCGGCGCAGCACCGUGUGCCCCCCACUCCAGCGCGACGCCUGCAUCGCCCAGGGGGGGCAGAUACAGCAGAUGGAAGGCACGUGCUGCGAACACUGCUCGGUGAAGGAGGAGGAAUGCAAGAAGGUGCAGGGAAGGCUGAAGUUCCUGACGAUCGGAGACUGCAGCACGCUGGCCCCCACGCCCAUCAGCUACUGCGAGGGUCGCUGCUCCACCCAAGCCAUCUACUCGGUGCACACGCAGUCGGUGACGGGGGCCUGCCGGUGCUGCGCCGCCGCUAGUACGCGUGCGCGCCCCGUCCUGCUGGCGUGCGCCAACGGCUCGUCCGUCCAGCACGACGUUCUGGACGCGGUGGAGUGCACGUGCGAGGAGCGCACCUGCGGCGAGUGAGAGCCACCGCAGUCCAUCGCCGCUUGAAGCCCCCCCCCCACCCCCACCCCCCCCCCCCCCCCCCCCCCCCCACCCCGUGUCAGCCAGCGUCCUCCGCUCGUUAACGAUGCUUGUAACAGUAACAAUAACGAUGACGAGGGACCGCUCGGCCUCCUGUAGGCCAGGCGAGGGUAGUUUACGUUUCCUAGCCACCGCGGCGCCCGGACAAACGACGUGAGAGGGGAGUCGUGGUGGUAUUUGCGCGGCUAACAGGAGUACAAACAACACCACCGCCACGGUAUUGGCCAGGGUCGCCUACCGGGAUCAAAUCACCGACUUCUAUCAACAACAACGCGCGGCGAACGCGAUGCUAAGACGAAACUAAAACGAUUGAACGGUGUUUUUUUUUUCCCAUUGUGUGUUUCUGUUACGGUCUGUCCACCCAAAUAAACUGCUUGUUGCACAGACAAUAUUCUAAUCGUCCAUUAUCUAAAUUCAAUUGGAAAGUUCAACCUCUGUAGGUCCCGGCCCUUCCUAUUUAGACCUCGCCCCUUCCUCUUCAGACCCCGCCCCUUCAUCUUUAGACCCCGCCCCUUCCUCUUUAGACCCCGACCAUUCCUCUUUAGACCCCAACCCUUCCUCUUUAGACCCCGAUCCUUCCUCUUUAGACCCCGACCCUUCCUCUUUAGACCCCGACCCUUCCUCAUUAGACCCCGCCCCUUCCUCUUUAGACCCCGCCCCUUCCUCUUUAGACCCCGACCCUUCCUGAUUCUGCCCCCCUCCCUGCACACGCGGUUGGGCUGCUUUUGGGUAGUGGGGAGUAUCAGUGCUGGGGGCACUGGAUGCAGUGGUACCACAAUGAAACUCUGUCGUAGAUAAUCAAUAGAUGAAUGAUAGGUGGGUUUAUUUUCUACAGUGUCACUCGUGUAGAACAUUAUUAUCAUGAUAUAUCAAGCUUGUUAACCCAGGAAAGCCUCACUGAGUCGUCACGGCUCAAGGUCAAGUUCAUACAGACCUCUGGGGCGAUUUGUUGUUAGUGAGCAAGCAGCUGUGCAUAUACUCGCCACACACACUCACCUACACACGGACACACACACACACACACUCACCUACACACGGACACACACACACUCACCUACACACGGACACACACACACACGAAUAGCCCUAACAAGGCUGUUGGGGCAAGCGCUGGUAGCGAGCACCUCAGAAGGAUGUGAAUGAGCAAGAAUGCUUGGUGUGUCCUUGCGUGGAAGCUUGCACAACGAAGACAAAGAUACCCCUAAUAGCCUUAAUACACAAAGAUAAAGAUGCCCCUGUAUAGUCUUAAGAGACUGUUGGGACCAAGUGCUGUUAGCGAGUAGCACCUAAUGAAGGCCUUAACACACACACACGCACACAGACACCAGCACGAAUGCACACGCCUAUGUAUGCAUGUAGUCCACGUUUAUGAAUGAAUGCUGUAACGUUGCUGCACUACCGCGGUUGCUACCGUAAUGUAGCAAAGUCGUUGUUUGUAUCAGCGUUCAGUAAACGUAACUGCGGAA